AUCAAUAUGAAAAAUAUCUGAUAUUUGCUAUUUGUUGUUUUGAUUAAAAAUCUGGUCCUGAAUUGCAAAUCUCUAUUUUAUUAUGUGGUCAAUUUAUUGUUAUUUUAUACUUAAGCAAAUCCUUUGACCUCAAUCAAUAAUCCGAUGAAGACAACAAGCAUGUUUGACAACUUUCGUGAUAAAAUACAAAACGUCCAAUCCUUGUCAUCUGGGUUGUUGGAACUUUCAAUUGGAGAAAAGAAGAGCAAGAACCCCGUGAAGGGUGUCAAUCUAAACGCCGGUUUCAAGCUACUGUCAUGGCACCAAACUCAUUGGGAAAAAUGUCAUCAAACCACUCAAGAAAAUGCUGAACUGGCAGAGAAGGUUGCUCACCAACUAGAAAAAUAUGAAACUUGUAUAACUAGACAACAGAAUGCUGUCAAAAACUUUAUCAGUCUAUGUGAAACUCUACCGCAACUAGAAGAGAGUAUCUCAACAAUAGGUGAAGAUCUGAAUUCUUUAAAGCGCAACAUACUUUGUUUGGAAGAGGCCUUAGACGAAUUAAAAAUUCGUAAAGAAUUGGAAAAUUUAAUACAAUUUAAAGUAGAUCAGAAGUAUAGACUAGCUCGCUAUAAAGAUUACAAAAUAAGUGAACUGGAGUCGUUGAAAUCUCGUUUAGCUGCGGAUCACGCAAAGAAGAUCGCCAAUUAUGAAAAGCUAGAGCUUUUGAAGUUAAAAGAACGACAACUAGCAUAUCAAGCUGCCUUUGAAGAAGAUUUAAAUUUUUAUAAAACUCACGGAAAGCUGAUAAAUAAAACCGACUCGGACGAAAAGAUAAAAUCACUUGAGGAAAUUGAAGUAGAGCCCGAUGAAGAAGACAAAAAAGCUUUGGACCAAUUUCUCGAAGAUAAAGACAUAAUUUAAACUGAGCCUACAAUUUACAUGAUUUGAUCUCAGUUGUUUAUCAACUUGUUUUUAUAUGGUCUUUUCGUUCCUUAGAAGAGUCAAAUUUUCGCAAAGAAAUUGAUAAUUUGCGCCAAACUUUAAAAGAAACAUUCUCUGCAAUACCAAUCGCAAUCGAUUUGUUGGAACUAUCCAUGUGUUUUUGAUAUUCAAAAUCUAUAAUUAUAAUGUUAUGUGUCUAUCGCAACUGGUUGUUUUAGGCCAAUGAUUCGCAUAUUUUUAUGAUUUUUGUAAGAGUUUAAAUUAAAAGAUAUUGACUAUAACUCUACUUUUAGAUUAUGAUCAAA